CUAGCAGUUUGAAAGAGUGCUUUUAACAGUAGAGUGGGUAUGUUGAUGGUUUUCGUUGUCAGUACACAUUCUAGUUUGUUAACGGAGAAACGACUUUCCAGAAAAAGAUGUCCUCUGAUGAAGGGGGGCGCAACAGUCCAGUGUUACCAAGAGAUUCAGACAGAGGCAGCUCAGUUUCUUCUGAACUUCAGGAAGAAUAUGAAGAACUUCUUCGGUAUGCUGUGGUGACCCCCAAAUAUGAAACAAGUCUCCCAUCACACCUGUUAAACACAACUCAGCUUUCCAAGAAUUCACAGCUUUUGACUAAAAUUGAUACACCAGUUCAAGCUCAUGCAGAAAAUGAAGGACUUUUAAACACUGUGGUGCCAUCAGCUAGGGUAACUCAUCACCUAGAAGAAUUUAGACCACCAAGUCAGACAUCUGAGGGUGAGAGUAUGGCAGCCAGAUCUAUUGUGUCUGAGGGAAGAUCAGAGCGGACACAAACUGGUUCAGACAGAUCUAGAGAGGCCAGUCCCGAUGUUCUAAUCACCAGCAUGACUAAGAUGUUCAUCUCAGAAGAGAAUCUCAACAGGAUGGAGAACAUUUUGGACACCUGGAGCGCAAACCUUAAGAAUAAUGUGAUGAUGGAGCUAAGGAAGUGGAAACUGGCCUUUGUGGAGCAGCACAGACUGGAUCUUAAGAGGGAGAGGGAGAAACACGCAGCCCACGUGGCAGCUGUAAACGCUGAGAUGGAUAGUCUCAAAGACCUGCUCAACACCUAUCAGAUCUCUAACCAGAGGAAAGAUGAGGUGAUUGUGAAUCUGAGCGGGGCAGUUGACAGGCAGAGGGAGAAGCUGGAGCUGAUGAGGAGUUUCACCCAGUGGAGACUGCGGCACUGUGCCGCUAGAGAGGAGGAUCACGGGGGCAAGUUGGCCGAACAGCACUAUCAUUUGCAGCUCAAGAGGAAGGUGUGGGCAGGCUGGCACUCACUCAUCCAGAACAGGUGGCGUGAGCGUGUGGAGAAAGCGUGUUGUGCCAGAGCAGAGGACGUCUGCGUGCAGCUCUCUGCAGAGUAUGAAGCUAAGAUGGCACAGCACGUAGAGGAGCUCCAAAAAGCUCAAGCUGAGAUCCAAAGGCUGCACAUGGAGCGAGAGCAUUAUGAGGACUCGAUGAAGAAAGCUUUCAUGCGAGGGGUCUGUGCGCUCAACAUCGAGGCCCUUAGCAUGUUUAACACCGGAGAAGUGAGCAGAUUUGACCGUGAUGCUCCAUCUCCAUCGGAUGAGCCAGGGACCAGCUCAAUAGCCAAUCAACCACCACGGACUGUUUCGUCUGCACGGCACAGUCCAAUUUUCACAGAGACUCCCAUACAGCUGCCCCCCUCCCAUAGCAGUACAGAGUAUGCAGAGGAGGAACGAUUUCUUAGUCAGACUGGUACAGGCACAGCAUCAAGAAAAGAACCCUUUCUCUCAACCACAGUGGCGAACUCUUCCGUACCACCAUGGGGAAGUACAAGCUCUUUCAGACAGACAAGUGCACGCAUAGUAACCGCUGGGAAGCAAAAAGCCUCUAAGAUGGUAACUGCUCGUUUGAGAGGAAGAGCAGAGGGUAAUCGGACAAGCCGUCCCGCUUCAGCUAUGCAUGUCAUGGGCGUGGCCCCUCCUAUGAGUUCAGUUAUCGUAGAAAGACACCACCCUGUCACUCAGCUCACUGUUGGCCAAGCAAUAGCAGCUAAGUUUCCCCGGCCUGCUCUGCAGAGUCAAACUGUCUCCAGCAGCGAGAGAUCCUCCAGUCAGCCCAGAGGCCCCUCCUCCUCUGCCUUUCACAUCCACUCCAUCAAAGUAGUGGACUAACACACAUGCACACGCCCGUUCAUUUGUCUGUCAGGCUCUAGUCUGGAAAACCACUUCACAGCUGUACACCUAGUAGCCCCAUAUGAUUUUUAUUAAUGGUUUGGGGUAAACUGUCAUCACUUUGUAAGAUUAACAUGCUAUUAAUUAGGUUUAUGUUUUGUGCUAAACAAACGUAGAUAGGUUUUUAUACUAUAUUGUUUUUAUACUAGUUGACAAAUUGUAUACUUUUAAAUGAUGAAACGUUAUUUAUUAAGGAAUGAUUUUAUUUAUUAUUGCGGUUUGCCAAAUGUAACCAUUUACUUGAUAAUGUUUAAAUGCAGGUUGAACAUUCCCUUUGAAAUUACAAAGACAUAAUCUGUAACAAUUGUAUUAUUCAUUGUUUCAGAUCACUCAACUGCUGUAUUUGUUCUGUACCUUAAUCCAUGUUCAUUAAUAAAAGUACAUAGCUGGA